UCAAAAAUGUUCUCGAAGCUGAUCCUGUGUGUGGCAGCGGCGGCGGUGGGAGCGGUUCGUCUCGGCUACGGCCCCUCGCAGGGAAGAGCUCCGGGCGGAGGAGCCGCUGGGUUUAGACCGUCGGGUCCGCAAGUUCCCAUCCUGAGAGACGACCGACAGGGACCCGACGAGUUCGGCAACUACAACUUCAACUUCGAGACUGGCGACGGCAUCAGCCGCCAGGAGCAGGGCGCACCCCAGCCGCCUGCAGGCGCCGUCGCUUCGCAGGGUGGAUGGUCUUUCACCUUCCCUGACGGAACUCCUGCCCGCUUCACCUUCGCCGCCGACGGCGACGGCUACCGCGUGGAGUCCGACCUGCUGCCCACGCCCCACCCCCUCCCCGCCCACGCCAUCGCCCAGAUCGAGAAGGCUCGGCGGGAAGAUGCCGCGGGCGGUUCUGCCAACAGAUUUUCUUCCGGAUCCGGCUCGCAGUUUGGUGGUUCACAGUUCGGCAGCUCGCGCCCCUCUGCUCCACGCCCUGGCUUCCAAUCUGGUGCUCCUGGAAGAAACUAUAGAUACCCUUGAAGUAAUUACUAAAAGGCCGGAUGAUCAAUGGCGAACACUGGGCCUGGCUAAAGGAAACGAUUCAGUACAAGCAAAUUCUACUUUACAUCAAUGUUUCCCCAUUUGAAGCAAGCAACAAAAUAGAUUAAACAUAUAGAGCGACCUACUCACCUCAUUCUGUAAGCUCAACAUGAUUUGAAUAUUCUGUACUGGCCUUGAACAGAUCCGUUUGGACCAAGUGAUCCUGCAACCAUACUCAGUUGCAGAUAUUUGCAUCAUAGUUAUAUAUCCUUAUAUUGAUUAGACAUCUCCAAAAGACGCAGAAUUAUUGCU